AAAUGGCUUCACAGGUGAUGUUCACCUCACAGGUGAUGUGUGCUGGACACAGGUGGAGCUGCUCUGGUUCAAAGUGCUGCGCCGGUCUUUUCAGAACGAGUGACCGCCUCCAGCGAGCCCUGACUCCGCCUUCCUCAGGGCUGCGUGUCGCUGAGCGGAGAGAGGCAGCGGCAGUGCGAGCUGCGCCGCGCGUCAGUGAGGGAGACAGACGGAGUUCCUGCAUAUGCGGCCACCGGCAUCUCACUGAAACACACUGAACAUGGACCUAUUCGAGUUUGACUUCUUCAGGGACUGGGAGCUGGAGCAACAGUGUCAUUACGAGCAGGACCGCUCGGCGCUGAAGAAGAAGGAAUGGGAGCGAAGGACACAGGAAGUGCAGCAAGAUGAAGACUUGUUCUCUUCUGGAUUUAAUCUGUUUGGUGAGCCGUACAAGACUAACAAAGGAGAUGCCCUGGCCAACCGGGUCCAAAACACACUUGGAAAUUACGAUGAAAUGAAGGAGCUCCUGACUAGCCAUUCCAACCAGAGUCAACUUGUCGGCAUUCCUAAGAACUCCGUUCCUCAGACUCCAGUGGAGAAACCCGACCAGCCAGGCUUUUUCCCUGAGGCUCAGCGGAGCCGAGCCACCCCAUCCCAACCUGGAAGUCACAGCAUAUCCAUGCCCCCACCCCCUGCCAACACCAUGCCGGGCUCUAGUGUUGUACAUGGACCUCAAGGCAAAAAGUCACGCUCAUCAGAAUGGUCCCGAGGGGGUCACGGUUCAAGUGGUGCCCAGACCGCUCAACCGGUCAGCCGGGGGAAGCACUCCAGUCAUGAGCAGACCUCUAGUAGACAUGAUCAGGACCAUGAGGACUCAAGUCCAAAUCCUAGUGGACCUACAACUUCAUCUCACUCCAACAGGAAGCAGGCACAGUCUGGCCAAGGACCAGCCACAGCCGAGCUUGGCCUUGGAAAGUCUCCUGCUGAGCAGGACCUGUGCUCCCAUGGAUCAAACUCACCAAUGGCUUCUACGUCCCUGCUCCCUAGCGGCCUCUCGACGCCAACAUUCCCCCAAGGCCUCCACUGCAAGCCCAGCAGUGCUGUGCAGCAGAAACCCACUGCCUAUGUCAGGCCCAUGGACGGCCAAGACCAGGUCCCCAAUGAUUCCCCAGAACUCAAACCCCCUGUGGAGCUGGUGGAAGGGUACAACAGUGUGCCAUUUGGAGGUCUGCUGGAUACCAAAAGCAGUAUGGCUGGGAGCAAGGGCAAAAUUCCUAAGCUGACACUGCCACAAUCCGGAGAGGUCAGCCUGUCCAACGACUCCAGCUGUGUGGAGGAAAUUCUGCGGGAGAUGACCCACUCCUGGCCUCCACCUCUCACUGCCAUCCACACACCAGGCAAAGCUGAACAAACCAAGUUUCCCAUCCCUUCAAAGGAUUCCCAGCAUGUGACCUCAGGAUACAACGGAAAACGCUGCAAUGUUUCCAGUAACAAGCCUGCAACCAAGUCAGUACCACAGAAGUCAAUGCUUGAGGAUGACCUGAAAAUCAGCAGUGAUGAAGAGGACACUGAACAGGCCGCUGAGAAGCCCAAGCCCAGGAGCGCUCCUCUCAACCUCCCUGGAACCACACCGCGGACCAGUGAACCGACCGGUCACUCCAGUGGCGCCUCGGGCAGUUCCAGUGAAUCGGAGAGCAGCUCGGAAUCCGACUCGGACAGCGAGAGCAGUUCCAGUGACAGUGAGUGCAACCGAGCGUCCCGUGCUGCCACACCAGAGCCUGAACCACCAUCAACAAACAAGUGGCAACUAGAUAAGUGGCUAAACAAAGUUAAUCCUCACAAUAAAGCACUAAUUAACACCCAGUCAGACAGUCAUGGGCUUAACAGCUCUCAACCCAAUGAAAGUCAAUCCUCAGAGAACCAGAGCUCCAGCAAGAGCAAGCCCAGCACAACACUGGCACCAGCAGACCCCAAGGAGAGGACUUUGCUCAGUCCUAUACGAGAGAAAGCCAAACCCAAGACUGGUCAGAAGGCUCCAGACAGCAAAAGCACCAAGGUGAAAUCACCAGCCUCAGUGGAGCUAGCUCCCCCGAGGAGAAGCACUGGAAAGAAGCAGCCCAAAAAGGUGGAGCGAUCUUCCAGUAGUGAGGAGCACAACUGGCCAAGACCAGGAAACUCAAGUUCUACGCCGAAAGAGAAAGAGCCCCCACCUUUAGAGCCGCCAAAACCUAGAGGCAAGGGCCCUGCGGUCAAGACGGCUCCACGAAAAGAACCUCGGACCACCACAACAAACACUGCACCAACGAAUAUCACACCAGUUCUGGAUAAAAAGAAGCACAGAGGACCCAACAAGAUCAUCCCCAAGUCUAAGGAGUUCAUCGAGACAGAGUCUUCAUCAUCCGAGUGUCAUUCGGAGCCUGAAGAGCUCACCAAGGUUCAGCUUCCCUGUCCUGGUCUCAACACCCUAAGCCUAAAAUCCAAGGAUUGCAACAGCAAUAUCCUGAAUGUUAGUAGCCUUACCAGCACAAGCAGCACCUCUAUUCCUGAUCCAGGUGCCUCGGAUCUCCUUGAAGAGCCCCUCUUUUCUCCCAUCCCCAUUGUACAAAAUGAACUUUUGUCCCCACUUAGAGACUUUGAGGACAUCAAGUCCCUUUGGGUUAAGAUUGAACUCAGCUUCCUGUCACGGAUCCCAGGGCAAGAUGCCCCGGAGCCUCCCACAACCAAGGCCGAGUGUCGGGAGGUCAGUGUCAAGCACAGACGACAACAGUCUCCUGCCUCCAUCCCUGCAGAAAAGAACCCUAGUAAAUCCAAGAGGAAACACAAGGCAAAGCACUGUGACGUGAUGAGUGGAGGCAAGAAGCUUCGUAUGGACAAAGACGCACUGCUGCUUCCUCCGUGUAUCUCUCCCGUACAUAACCACAAGGUCUCCAGCACAAAAGAUUCAUUGAAGAAGCAGCCUCGCAAGCGGGUGGAUAAGCUGUUACCGCCUCUACUGUCGCCGCUGUCCGAUGAGCCAGUGGGCCGCCCACGGAGGAGCAGUGAAUGCAGCUCCAUCAGUCAGGAGGGAAACUCCUCCACUGUCCCAAACACCCUCCCCUCCACCCGCACAAUACCUACCUCCACCUCUUCAUCAUCGUCCUCAUCACACAAACACCGCAAAGGAGCGAACAAAUCCUUCUGCCAUUCCAAGACCAGCACUGAGGAAGACAGUCACAGCAAGCCGUCCAGUGGUUUUCACGGCAAUGGUCAGUCAGAGCCAGACCUCUGGUCAAACCCUUCAACCCUGUCCGUGGAGCACAUGGAGCCCAGGAGACCUAAACUCACAUUUAAUAACACUGUUCACAAUGCAGAUUACUACAUGCAGGAAGCCAAGAAGUUGAAACAUAAGGCAGAUGCUUUGAUGGACAAGUUCGGCAAAGCUGUAAAUUAUGCCGACGGAGCACUCUCGUUCAUCGAAUGCGGGAACGCCAUGGAACGAGACCCAUUGGAGGCAAAGUCACCAUACACAAUGUAUUCAGAAACCGUAGAGCUCAUCAGGUACGCAAUGAGAUUAAAGAACUUCACAAAUCAUUCUGCCACAAUAGCUGAGAAGAAGCUCGCUGUACUGUGCAAUCGUUGCUUGUCACUUUUGUACUUGCGAAUGUUCAAGCUGAAGAAAGAUCAUGCGAUGAAGUAUUCCCGCUCACUAAUGGAGUAUUUUAAGAAUUCUGCAAAAAGUUCCCAAGCACCUUCGCCGUGGGGAGCCAAUGGAAAGAGCACAGGUACCCCGUCUCCCAUGUCCCUGAGUUCAUCUCCUGUCAGUUCGGUCAGCAGCGGCGCUGGAGUGAUGGGCUCUUCCUCGGCUUCUGGAAGUGUGGCCAUUCCCCAACGCAUCCACCACAUGGCAGCAAGUCAUGUCAACAUCACCAACAACAUCCUGCGCAGCUAUGAACACUGGGAAACUGCUGACAAGCUGGCCCAGGAAAGUCAAGAGUUCUUUCUGGAGCUGGACUCAGUAAUGGAACCGUUGACGCAGCACAGCAGCAUGACAGAACUGGUGCGCUACAUACGCCAAGGACUGCACUGGCUUCGGCUGGAAGCCCAUUUAUUAUAGUGCUGGCUCUUCCACUGUGCUCUUCCUUUCUCUGUCUUUCUCUGUCUCACUCUCUUUCCCACCGUUCAUCACUACCUCCACCAUCUUUGCCAUCUACAGCCCUACAGAACCCUGAGGGAAGUCGGCAGUUAACCACUAGCGAGCCUCAGAACUGUGAGUUAUUCCCUGGAGGGUGCCAUGUCCUCGGUCCAGCUUGAUUCCUGUAAGAGUGCGUCAAGAAAAACUGGGGAUGCCGUAGAAGGACGGAGCACUGCUGCAUCCCAUCACAGCACUACGGGAGGCCAAAUUUAUGCAUCUGUUACAAGAACAGGAUCUGUGAUGGUAGCAGUGGGCAAGUUAACAAUGUUGUUGAACAAAAAUCCAACUAGGAACCACUGUGAUGUAGGCCAGGUGAAUCUAAUUCACUUUGUAUGGUAUGGAUGAGCCAGAAACACACUUCACGCAAGUACGCAAAGACAUGCAUGAAUGCGUAAUAAAUUAAAAUUCAAAUGAAAUCUUUAACAAAACUAGAUGAUCAUCAAACUGUUACUUCACUACAACAAUAGUUAAACCAUAAGAAAAGUUUCCAGUCCUUGUGCUGGACUGGACGUGUUUGGUUUACUCUAAUAGCUGCUAUAUCGCCCCCGAUGGCAUCGCUGAGAAUACACACACUGGCGGUUGAACUAUGAAUUGCACAGCUUGAAAUCCAACUCGCGACAAAUGAAAUCCAACUCAUGUAGCUGAUGUUCACGUACUUGCGUUGAGUAUUUUUUAGGCCUUACCACUGCGAUACACUGAGAUAAUGUUCCUGUAGCUCAAGCGGUAGAGCAUUGCGUUAACAAGUGCAAGGUUGUGGGUUCGAUUCCCAGGGAACACAUGAUAGGUAAAAACUGUUAGCCUGAAUGCACUGUAAGUCGCUUUGGAUAAAAGCGUCUGCUAAAUGCAUAAAACUACACAGGAAUUAGAGUGCAGAUAAACGAGCUGUUAACAAUGCAUUCAUCUCAAAUGCAUAUCUGGAGAUUCACACGUAUCCGUUUGAAAUAGUGCUUAUCUGUCAAGGCUUUUGUGAUGACAGUAAGGGAUGGGUACGGUAGUCAUCAAUUCUCUCCAACGUCACCAUCUUUCUGUUUUACUGUGGCACCAUGACAGCUGGCGUCAGUGCGAGCAGUGUGAAAGACUCCUUGGCUUCGCUCCAAAGCUGCGUUCUCUGAGACAGGCUUCACGUCUUGUGUUCACAGCGUCAGAGGCUGAUGGGAGAUUUCCCUUAUACAUAUGCACAUAUGACAGAUUGAAAUCUUCUGAAGGAGUUAUCAGAGAAUCUUUAAGAUUUCUUUCCAAUAUGUACCAUAAUGACUGUGUUGUACAUGACAGCUACUUUAACUGUUCAGUGUUUGUUCGAUCUUGCAUGUUAAUGCAGAGAGGUAGAGGUAGGACUGAGAGACAUCAGCGUAUUUCACAAGCACUAGGAAGAAUCAUUGGGUUUUGUCCAGUUUUUUUCGGUUGAUUCCAGCAUCUUUAAGGCUGGCUUGAUAACAUUUCACAUUAAGUUGUUAUCUAUAGAGUUUAUUAAUGCUUGUACUUCAACAUUACAUUUUUCUAUCUCCAGAGACACUUCCAAACAAGCUAGGUCGGAAUUUGGGGCCUAAACAAUUGCAUCAUGUGAUCAAAUCACAAACCUUUUUUAAUCAAAUUAUAACUUUCCAUGCAUAAACUCUCCGGAGGAAUUUAAUGUCAAAUAUGAUGUGAAAUUGUUGAUAACCUAUCAGUGAGAUACAAACUGUUUCUUCUUGCUGUUCUGUUCAUAAAUGUGUGUGUUUGUGUGUGUGUGUGUGUGUGUGUGUGUGUGUGUGUGGAGCAGAUUUUCAUUGGCAGGGUGUUCAUUGUAUUGUAAAGCUUCAUAUAUCUGUCAGUUUAUCACUUGAAUGUCAGAAUGUGAGCGAGAGAUGGGAUGUAUGUGUGAAACAGACAUUUCACUAAGAUUAUUCAAAGUGCCUGCGUAUCCAAUGGAAAUUUAUUAGAGUCUAUAUUUAAGGAUGACAAUGGAUCUGAAUGAUUUUCCAUACCAUAUUGGUAUAUCCGAUUUUUCUGUUUUCAUAACAUGAUUAUUUAUUUAUUAUCUUUGUAAAAACGGCGGUUGUGAAACCUGUUUUGCGCUUUAAUGUUCAAGUACAUUUCAAAUUUUCAUUUUCUGCUCUGAUGAUGAUAGAAAAUGACUUAAAAGUGAAUGACGUCUAAGUGCAUUUGAAUUCUUUUAUGUAUUGUACAGCUAAAUACACAGCAUACACAUUUCUCAUUACCUCCUUCAUGGAUGUUUCCUGGGCAACUUUCACAUAAUAUAGUAAGAAAUGCUUACUGUCCAAUAAUGGUUUGUAGUGCAAUACUAAAUGUAGCACACAAAUAGCAAUACGUCAGGAUGAAGUAUACAAAACAUCUUACAACAAAAUUAAUUAGAGCGCAAAAGUAAGUCAGAGCAAGUUUUUUUUUUUUUUUUUAAAGACUUUAUUCACUUCAUGGACUUCCUUUGAUGCGAGGCAAAAGUAUCAUUAUGCAAAUAGUGAAAUGUUCCUUCCCAAUAUUACCAGCUGUUUUCUUACUUCUAUAAAGUGGCUUUCUAAAAUGUGUAUGGUUUCUGGUGCAUCUGUUGCUGUGUUUGUUUGAGUUAUGCCAGUCUGGCAAAGAAAUCUGUGGCCCUCUGGCAUUUCAUCAAAAACCAGCAGCACUGACUCACUCUAGAAGUGAAGUAAACAACCUGCUCUGCCUAUUAGAUGCACCUCUAAUGCCCCCAGUUUGUCUUGCAAUGAAAAACAACAGUUGUAUUCAUUCUUGGACUUUUUACUCACUUUAUAUCCUCUUCCUGAUUUUGGAAUCAAGCAAGUGGAGAAAUCAAUUUGGCCCAAUACUGCGUUAAAACCUGUUAACAUUUUUUUUUUUUUUUUUUUUUUUUGAUUUAUUACAUUGUUACAAAUUAGUUACUACACUGUAAUAAGGCAAAAUCCCAAAGAUGUAAUUAUUAAUUAUUAAUAGUAGGGAACAUUACCAAUAUGGCAGUUUACACAGAAUUCACUUCUUAUUUGAAAGUUUAAACUACAUUAAUAUAAAUAUCUUUUUUAGUUUUUUGCAUAAAAAGCCGGAUGUUUAAUUGAGAAUCAGUGUUAAAUAUUUAAUUUAAAUAAGGGGCAUUGAACAAAUACUGACCAAACCAGGACAAAUAAAUAUUUAUUGUAAUCAUGUAUUCUAGGAUAUAUACUAAAAGUAAAAAUGUUUUGGAUUUACACCAUUUUAUGAUGAAUAAUGGUCGGAAUAUCUAUACAUAGUUUUGUUGCAAUCAGAAAUCACAUUCGUAGAGCCUAAAUCAUCAAGGAUGUCCAUAAAAGUGCCACAAAAAUCAUGUUUUAUCUCAAUACUGGGACACAUAACAUGCUUUUGCGAGGGAUUAUAUCUAUAUGAUGUUUCUCAUACUGACUUUGGUAAUGUGUAAUUCAAAUUAAUUUAGGACCUCAUGGUGUCAUACUAAUUUUAAAACAAACAUUUGAAACUGUCUGAGAAACAUAUUGAUUAUAUCAGUUAAUAAGGGCCACAAACUCAGCUAUGUGUUGCAGAAACAUACUUUGAUUUCAUCAUGUAGCGUUUCCAUUUGCUGCCGAACCAUUCAUACCUCUGCUUUAACAAAGCUUGAAGGUGUUUGCUUUUUAAAUAAUCACAAUGUAUUAGCAAUUACCCGGCGUCGUUCUGGGGUAGCAUAAGGUCGCUUUGAUUCUUUGUGCUUCUGAAUGAGCUCUACAAUGACGAAAAAGCCUAUCAGGAAGAACAAUCUCCAAUUAAAGCAGGCUCAGCUGGAGGCUUUCUAUUUGCUCUGCAAAUUAAACAUGUAAAUAGCUCUUUUGUUACCGUAAAACACCACAUCAUGUUGUCAGUUAAAGAUCUUCCAUUUCCCACGCUGAUUAACAGGCGGCAUGUACCAUGAUACAUUUAAAGGACUGACAUUGGCGCUUAUAAACAAAAUGCAUAAAAAAAUCUUGAUUUGUAUUAAACUUGAGUGCUUCUCUGAUUAAAACGUAUGAGUAUUUUGCUAUAACAUAAGUUUAAUGAUUCCAUUUAUUGCCUACAAACCAUAAAAAUGUCAUUGUAUUUAAAUGAACGUGUUACCAAGUCAGUUUCUAACUUCAUCAGAGAUUUCGUUUUAAAAUACCUUGUUGCAAAUGCCUUGUUACUAAUGUAAACUGUAGAGAAUCAAAGAACAGUUAUUUACAGUCUUGUUUGAACUUUCUCUGUACAGUAUUAGGUUGUGCACCAUGAUUUGUCUUUUUGAGAUUGUAAUCACAUCAAGGUGUUGCAUUUGACCCUAAAACACAUCCACAGCUUUGAAUCUAUGAAGAUAUGCAACAUCUCUCAUUGCUUCCAUGUCAUUUGAGUCUGCCUUUCUGCUACGUUCUACAUUUUCAGUUAAAUCACCAACUGGAGAAUCUUAUUGUUGGAUUUUUUAACCAGAGUGUACAAAUGGGUAACACUACAAUGGGUUUAAUACAGAAGAAAGGUAUUUACACAACAAGGCAAUAUUUACUUAAAGUGGAUCGUUGGAAGCCAUUGAAAUAACCAAAUGAAAGGCAAUGUAUUUGAGUAUAUUGGUGGCAUAGUAUGUUUGAAAAGAUGUAUAUACCAGAGCUUGUUGGGGUCACUACUGGCAAAAUCUAAAACUGAAAUUGGUGCAAUGUCCCAAAGAGCAGUUAAUCUCGAUUUAGCCUUAUGGGAAAUGAUAGCAUUUCCUUUCUUUGUGGUUUCAGAAAUGCAGCCAUCAUACUGUUAUUUAAGGAAAGUUUCAAGGUUUCAUUUUGAUAAAAUAUGCAAACUGAUUUAUGUGAAGAAAAAAAAAACUUAACGACAAAGAAAACAAGUUUCUUACGAGUUUUAAUGCAGCAUGACUUUCUACAAGUUACUGUCAAAAUCAAGGUUGCGUUUAAUUAAUACUCGAUUUCCAAGACGUCAGUAUUGUUAUAUGUUGUAGACAUAUUUAAACCUGUGAGAAAGCAGUUCUGUGAAACUUGCGCUUUAUAGAAAUGCCUCAAUGCUACCUAUUGCCUAAAAGGAUUGUUGGUUUGACGUCAUGAAAAGCGGGAUUUCUACUUCAAGUAAAGAGCCUUUAUCUUACAAAGGUACUGGCUGUUGGCGAAGUUGUACACAUUACUUGCAAUGACAGAAGAUUUCAAUGUUCUGGCAUGCUGUAGUAUUUAGGUUUUGUUUUGUUUGUUUGUUUGUUUUUUUGUACAGAGCAGGUAACCUGCAGUGCUUUGAAUUUAUACAUUGUAUAGUUGUACGAAUUCAUUUUAAUAUGCGUUAUGUAUCAAAAACCUUCCUGCCUGGUUAGCUUUGUAUUUUUGAUGUGUUGCACAAGUCCAGCGUUUGUUUUUUGUUUGUUUUUUUCUUCUUCUUUUUUUUUUGGCUAUUGUAUGUUUAUUUUAUAAUAAAACUGUCAAACGUUAUGAACAAAACUAA